AUGGACCCUGUCGCUGUCCCUCUCAACUCGGAGGCCUCGGCCGGUGACACCCACAAGCAGACCACGGCGACAUUGCCCGCAGAAGUCGUGCAAUGUCUCGAGAAUGCUCGCUUCCUCCAUCUCGCAACAUGCACCGGCAACGUCCCUAACCUCUCCCUCAUGAACUACACCUACCUCCCCUCGUCCCCGUUUUCGUCCGCCCCCGUCAUCGUCAUGACCACCAACCCGGCCUCCAAGAAGAUGAACAACCUCCUCUCCAACCCCAACGUCUCUCUCCUAGUCCACGACUGUACGUGUCCUUCCUCCGCCUGCCUGUCCCUUCUCUGCGCCAGCAGCACAACCGCUAACAUGAGGGUCUCCCACCGCCCCCCCACAACCGCCCGCCGUCCCUCCGGCGGCUCCCCCACCCGCGACCCCCACCGCUCCUCGCUCGCCGCCCUGCUCCUAAACCUCAACACCUCCGCCGUCUCCAGCAUCAGCGCCACCAUCAACGGCACCGCCCGCCUCCUCGACCACGCCUCCGAAGAAGAGCGCUUCUACCGCGCCCAGCACCUCGAGAACAACACCUUCGACAACGAGGGCGUCUCCUUCGGCUUCCCCCCUCCCGAACCCGCCGCCGACGCCGGAGCAGACGCACCCCCGACCCCUAGCGUGCAGGCCGAGGACGGCGGCCGAGGGUGCUUCGUCGCCGGGGAGGACGUCCGCGUUAUUGUCGUCUCCAUCAGCGAUGUGCGCAUCAGCGAUUGGAAGGGUGGUGUGCGCGAUUAUGUGUUGGCGGACGAAGGGGCCCCUGGUGCGGCCAUGAAUGGGGUGCAAUAG